AUGCCUGUCAACUGGUUAGGGUCACGGUCCAAUCUUGAUUUGACUCGCGAAGAGCCAGUUACUCCAUGCUCACCAGGAUUUGAAGAAAUAGACUCAACCUGCAAUACAUCAUCAACCAACCGUCGUAUCUUUGUCAAUAUACCUGUCGACGAACAUUUUAAAGAUAGAAAGACCAGUCGCCCCUACCUUGUCUACAAAACCAACAAAGUCCGCACAAGCAAAUACACAAUAGUCACUUUCUUGCCCAAAAAUAUCUUUGAGCAAUUUCGAGGUAUUGCCAAUUUCUACUUUCUUUCGCUGGUCAUUCUCCAAGUAUUCAACGACUUCAAGGAGGUGGACGUGUCAGUCACAGCUGCUCCAAUUUUAAUUAUUGUUGCCAUCACUGCAUUCAAGGAUGCAAUCGAAGAUUGGAAACGACAUGAAUCAGACAACAGCAUCAACAAAUCAUUCACAUAUGUCAUGGGUAACUGGAACAAUUCAAAUUUUCAAGCUCCGUCAGAGAGUAUUGUUCACAAAAUCUCCAGUUUUUUUAAAUGGAUCCAACGAUCCAUGACUAAAGGAGUUUUAUUCAUCAUAGUUUUGAUUACAGGGUUUACAAAAAUCCUAAAACAAGCCAGGUUGUCAAGGACUGGAACGUCAAAGAGCCCUGUCUAUCCUAAUCAGAUUUAUGCACACGACUAUAUAAGCCAAGAUCAUUUAAAUUUGGUUGCUGCAUCGUUAGAUACAUUGAAGAAUCCUGGACCACCAAAAUUGGAUAGUAAGCCACACUUGACAGAGCCGUGGAAUUUAAACAGAUGGGAAAAUGUCAAAGUCGGAGAUUUUGUUUUUCUUAGAAACAAUGAUAAUAUUCCAGCAGACAUGAUAAUUGUUUCAUCCAGUGAGCCAGACUCUGCAUGUUACGUGGAAACAAAGAAUCUUGAUGGCGAAACCAAUCUCAAAAUUAAACGAGGAGUUCAAGCACUUCAAAAUAUUCGUACGCCUGAAGACUGUCGGUCAAUUCGUUGUCAUAUUGAUUCUGAACCACCCAAUGCGAAUUUGUAUACCUAUACAGGAACCAUGGUGUUGCGCACUGGAACAAGGACACGCGAUUCUCGAGCAAACCGAAGUGCUAUUCCCAUGUCUACAAACAAUGUCUUACUUCGUGGAUGUGUUGUUCGUAAUACGCAUUGGGUUAUUGGUAUUGUCGUGUAUACUGGUGAAGAUACCAAGAUUAUGCUCAAUUCUGGUGCAACUCCAUCCAAACGUAGCAAAAUCGAUCGCCAAAUCAAUCCACAGAUUCUGCUUAAUUUUGCAAUUCUUACUGGCAUGUGUUUGAUUUGCGGUUUGGUGUCUGGUUUCUAUUCCAGUUCGUUUGCAUUUGAGGUUUCUCCAUUUGAAGGAACUUUAUUGGAGAAUAUCGAGCCCCCUCUAAGGCUUGGCAUUCUUUCUUUUUUUCGAUGCAUGAUCAUUUUUCAAAAUAUCAUUCCUAUCGCGCUAUACAUUAGUUUGGAUGUGACCAAAACAUUCCAGUCUUUUAUGAUUCAUCUAGAUGAGGAUAUGUACGACGAGGAAAGUGGAAAAUACGUCCUUCCUCAAUCUUGGAAUUUAUGUGAUGACUUGGGACAAAUCGAGUACAUUUUUUCUGAUAAAACGGGCACACUUACAAGCAACACGAUGGAGUUUCGUAAAGCAUCCAUCAACGGAAUAACAUAUGGAGUUAUGGGUGCUGAAGCACAUUCGUCAUCUAAUCCAGGUCAAACUCCAACUGAAACUCAAGAAAGUCGUUUUGCUGAAGAAGCCCAGGCAAUGCGCAAUGGUCUUUCUAAACUUUUCGACACAAAAUACGUAUCUUCAAAACUAGCAUUUAUUGAUUCCCGUAUUCCAAAACACUUGCAAGAUGGCACUCUACAAGCACGCAAGAUUCGCGAGUUUUUUACUCUUCUUGCCAUCUGUCACACGGUUCUGAUUGAAAAGCCUGACAAGUCCAAUCCAAGCCGUAUUGUCUACAAUGCUCAGUCUCCAGAUGAAGCUGCUUUGGUGAGUGCUGCAAAAGACACGGGAUUUGCAUGUCUUCGAAGAGUGGAUAACGAGGUGGAGAUUGAUGUGCUCGGUAUUUCUAGAAAGUAUACCAUUUUGAACAUAAUUGAGUUUAAUUCGGACCGUAAACGAAUGAGCGUGCUAGUGCGUCGGCCUGAAGGAGAAAUCAUUUUGAUGUGCAAGGGGGCAGAUAGUAUGAUAUAUGAACGACUGUCUCAUAAUAAUGACCCAGCGAUUUUAGAGGCUACUGCAAACCAUCUUGCUUCUUAUGCAAACGAUGGGUUGAGAACAUUGUGUUUGGCAUACCGACUAGUUCCUGAAGAAGAGUAUCAAGAAUGGGCAGCAAAAUAUGCUGUUGCACAAGCCAAGGUGGACAAUCGAGAGGCAGAGUGUGAUGCUGUGGCAGAAUUGAUUGAACACGAUCUGACCUUAAUGGGAGCUACGGCAAUUGAAGACAAGCUCCAAGAAGGCGUGCCCGAAUGCAUCGCUACUCUUUCAAAGGCCGGAAUCAAAAUUUGGGUUCUUACUGGAGAUAAAAUGGAGACUGCAGUCAAUAUAGGAUUCUCGUGCAAUCUAUUAAAACGAUCCAUGACUCUGAUUGUCAUCAAAUCCAAGUCUAUAGAGGAUAGCAUUUUGCAAAUCAAAGAAGCACUUACGCGGUUCUGGAACCCUUCUGGUUCUCCAAUGGAUGGUCGUGAAUAUGGUCUGAUUAUUGAUGGAGAAAGUUUAAAGUUUGCAUUGGAUCCAGUAUGCAGGCCAAUUCUUUUAGAGUUGGGAUGUAGAUGCUGUGCGGUGGUGUGCUGUCGAGUUUCACCGCUGCAAAAGGCUAUGGUUGUCCAGUUGGUUCGCAAGGGAUUGAGUGCCAUGUGUCUUGCAAUUGGUGAUGGUGCCAAUGAUGUGUCGAUGAUUCAAGAGGCAGAUAUCGGAGUUGGUAUUAGCGGAAAAGAAGGACUGCAAGCAGUCAUGGCAAGUGACUAUGCCAUUUCUCAAUUUAGAUUUUUAUCGAGACUACUAUUAGUGCAUGGACGAUGGGCAUAUCUUCGAUCCUCAAAGCUUGUUCUUAAUUAUUUUUAUAAAAACACAACGUGGCUAUUUAUUCUUUUUUGGCAUCAAUUCUUUUGCACUUUCAGUGCUGGGUUGAUUACCGAUUUCACCUACAGCAUGUUUUUCAACACUGUCUUUACAUUUUUACCGACUAUACUUAUUGGAUGCUUUGAUCAGGACGUUAAUGAUUAUGUUGCUUUGCAAGUUCCAGAAAUCUAUGUUCAGGGUAUUUACCAGACUCUUUACAACAUGCGGCAAUAUUGGUCGUAUGUUUUGGAUGCAAUGUAUCAAUCGAUCGUGUGCUAUUUUUUUGCAUUUCUGGUAUUUGAAGAUAAAACGCUCCACCCAGGCGGUCUUGACUCUGGACUGGAAUCUAUGGGAACAACAGUAGCAUUUUCAUCUAUUCUACUUGUCAAUAUUUAUGCCAUUGUAGAUUGGUCAAGCUGGACCUAUAUUACUAUUGUUGCGCUACUUCUUACAAUUGGCUUGUGGAUUAUGUAUGUAUUGAUUUACGCUUCUCAAGUUACAAGUCAGCAGUAUGGAAUCAUAUCGGUUUUAUUCCAUACACCAGCAUUUUAUCUAUGUGUGGUCUUGUCCAUUGUUGUAGGUCUUUUUCCUCGCGUCAUGAUGAAAUUUGUCCAACAGUACUUUGCGCCAACGGAUGUUGAUAUUGUGCGAGAA